GCAGUGAUGCUGAAGUCUGCCUGGACUGGAUCAGCUCAGUCCCGUGCAGUGCUUCAGCCAUCUGGCAGUGCUGGAGGGCUCUACUUUCCUUGCUGCUGCUUCCUCCUCCUCCUCCUCCUCCUCUGUAGGGGGGAAAGUUCCUAUCUCCACAUGCUGUGUUUUUAUGAAUGACUCAGCCUGGCUAUGAGAAAACAGCUUUGUAACCUGUAUGAAUGAGCUGGAGUCUUAGAGGGAUUAACCCAUCUGGUAAUUGAAUUUACUAAGACUGAAAGUCCAGGUGCUUUUGAGUGAGUGGAAGACAGUACAGGAAUGGGACUGUGACUACACAGAGAACAUGCUCUGGGGCUACAGCUCACCCACACUAGAUCCACUCAACUUUUUGCAGGGGACCAUGGAGAAUGUGUGCUGAGACCAAGUGCUGGGCAGAAGGAGCGGUGGGCUGGUGAAGAUGGAGAACAGCACCGGGGACGAGCAGAACCAAACUGGGCUGCCGCUAUCAAGCCAGGAGAUUGUUACAGCCGAAUACCAAGUGGUUACCAUCCUAUUGGUCCUCCUCAUCUGCGGACUGGGCAUCGUGGGCAACAUUAUGGUGGUUUUGGUGGUCCUCAGAACCAAACACAUGAGAACUCCCACUAACUGCUACCUGGUGAGUCUGGCUGUGGCAGAUCUCAUGGUGCUUGUGGCUGCAGGACUACCCAAUAUCACAGAAAGCCUGUAUAGAUCCUGGGUGUAUGGCUACGUGGGGUGCCUCUGCAUCACUUAUCUCCAGUACCUGGGGAUCAAUGCUUCUUCUUUUUCCAUCACUGCCUUCACCAUUGAGAGAUAUAUAGCCAUCUGUCACCCAAUCAAAGCUCAAUUCCUAUGUACUUUUUCAAGAGCCAAAAAGAUCAUUAUUUUUGUCUGGGCUUUCACCUCCAUAUACUGUAUGCUCUGGUUUUUCUUGCUAGACCUUAAUACAAUAGUCUACAAAGACACUACUGUUGUGUCCUGUGGCUACAAGGUGUCCAGGAGCUAUUACUCUCCUAUCUACAUGAUGGACUUCGGUAUAUUUUAUGUUGUGCCAAUGGUAUUGGCGACUGUUCUCUAUGGCCUGAUUGCUAGGAUACUGUUCCUGAACCCCAUCCCUUCAGACCCAAAAGAAAACUCUAAGACGUGGAGGAAUGAUGUGGGUCACCAAAGCAAGCCUGUGAAUUCCAAGAUGACUAACAGGAGUUUCAAUAGCACAAUUGCUUCUCGAAGGCAGAGGUGCCACCAGCUUGGCAGACAGGCUCAGCUGUGUCCUGUGGUGGGUCUGUUGGAGCUGGAUGGAACCAUUCGUGUCUGGCAUGCGGCAGCCCUGACCCUCUUCUCAGAGAACCUACCCCUGCGGCCUCCCCACUGUCAAAAUCUGGACAUGGACAUUCAGUGCUGCUCCAUUGAGUCGUUAUGAUUAUUAUAAUAAUUAACCUAUUAUAAACUCACACUUAUAUAAUAUACCAGAAUGAAACAGUAAGUUAGAUAGGUUUCCUCAACUUUCAUGAAGGUUUAACUCAGGAAUUUCAUAACCAUUUUUGACAAUGAUUAAUCCAACAUGGAAGUAUGUGAUUUGAUUUACACACUUAAUCUGACCUGGGUUGCUUGACUAAUCUGGAUUUAAUUUGACCUAGACUGCCAGGUCAUACCAUUGUCUUUAAUUUUCUUGGGACUUCCCAUUACGUGUUUUGAAAGUCUUCCUUUGUUAAAAAUGGUCAAAACUUGUUUUUUACCUUGGAAAGAAAG